CCUUUUUACAUCUGUACCAUUUGCAAAUCGGCAGUCUGUUUAGCCCCUUUGACGCUGCUGUGCUUGUUUGAUGAGGUGUGGAGGAAAGAGGAGAUGUGGUCCUUUUUCGCCAGGGAUCCUGUCAAAGACUUUGCAUAUGAAAUUCUGCCAGAGACCCAGGAGAAAUCUGGAAUAUGGAGCCUUCAUCGAGGAAAGCGGAAAAUCAAUGGGGAACCAGUGUCAGUGUUCCUGUACGAGGUAGCACAAGGAACAGAGCAGCAGACCCAGCUGGCCAAGGCUGCCUUCAAACGCAUGAAGACCCUCCGGCAUCCAAACAUUUUGGCCUAUGUUGAUGGUUUGGAGACAGAGAAGAGCCUGUAUCUGGUGACUGAGCAGGUGACACCCCUUGCGGUCCACCUAAAGGCCCAGGCAGAGAAGGGUGGAUCUGGGGACCUGGAAGUCUCUUGGGGACUGCAUCAAAUAGUGAAAGCUUUAAGUUUCCUGGUCAACGACUGCCACCUGCUGCACAACAACUUAGGUGUAUGGUCUGUUUUUGUGGACCGAGCAGGAGAAUGGAAACUUGGGGCCCUUGACCAUGUGGCUGCUGAGCAGGGUGACCCGAGUGGGGUCUCGCUCCCUGCCCCCAAAGCUGUUUACCCGGACAUGGAGAAAUAUGACCCACCAGAGAUGCCCAAUAGCAGUGGAGAGAAAUGGGCAGGGGAAGUGUGGAGACUGGGCUGCCUGAUCUGGGAGGUGUUUAACGGGCCACUACCUCGCACAUCCUCACUUCGUUCACUUGGAAAGGUCCCUAAAACCCUGGUGCCUCAUUACUGUGAGUUGGUAGGAGCUAACCCUCGAGCUCGACCCAAUCCAGCCCGCUUUCUCCAGAACUGUAGAGCUCCUGGAGGAUUCCUCAGCAACAGUUUUGUGGAGAGCAACCUUUUCCUGGAGGAGAUACAGAUCAAAGAGCCAGCUGAGAAGCAGCAGUUCUUUCAGGAUCUUAGUGAAAACUUGGACUCUUUCCCCGAGGACUUCUGUAAACACAAGGUCUUGCCUCAGCUUCUCACUGCAUUCGAGUUUGGCAAUGCAGGUGCAGUGGUCCUCACGCCUCUCUUCAAGGUAGGAAAGUUCCUGUCAGCAGAAGAGUACCAACAAAAGAUCAUCCCUGUUAUUGUGAAGAUGUUUUCCUCCACAGACAGAGCCAUGAGGAUACGGCUUCUGCAGCAGAUGGAGCAGUUCAUUCAAUAUCUGAACGAGGCUGCAGUCAAUUCCCAGAUUUUCCCUCAUGUCGUUCAUGGCUUCACGGACACAAACCCUGCCAUCAGAGAACAGACGGUUAAGUCUAUGUUGCUACUGGCACCCAAAUUGAAUGAGACCAACCUGAACCAGGACUUGAUGCGUCACUUUGCCCGGCUGCAGGCCAGAGAUGAGCAAGGCCCGAUCAGGUGUAAUACCACAGUCUGCUUGGGCAAGAUCGCCUCCUACCUCAAUGCUGGGACUCGUCAACGUGUUCUGAUUUCUGCCUUCUCACGAGCCACUAAAGACCCCUUCCCAGCUUCACGCUCUGCAGGAGUACUUGGCUUUGCCGCCACACACAACUUCUACAGUAUAACAGAGAUUGCAGCCCGCAUCAUGCCCACACUCUGUGCCAUUACUGUUGACCCUGAUAAAGGCGUCAGGGACCAGGCAUUUAAAGCCAUCAAGAGUUUCCUUUCCAAACUGGAGACUGUAUCAGAAGACCCCUCCAUGGUGUCUGAAAUAGAAAAAGAUGUGGCGUCUUGCGCUCAGCCUGCAGGUGCCUCUUCCUCCUGGGCCGGCUGGGCUGUGACUGGCAUGUCCACCAUCACUUCCAAGCUGAUCCGCAACACUCCAGGGGUGGAUGGGAGCCCAGUAACUGAGGGCAGUGAGGCCGCAGAUGCAACCAGCCCCACCAGUGACACUAGUGGAGAACCUGCAGCUGGUUCUGAAGAUAAAACUCCACAAGCCUCUGUGACUCACCAUACUGCCUCUAGUCGUGCCAACCAAUCACAAACCCUUGAAGUAACGGGCAAUGAGGACGAGCCAACGGGGGAACGCUGGGUUGAGGAGGAGGACUGGGGAAGUUUGGAGGAGCCAGAGAAAGCUCACAACGAGCCAGAUGACUGGAACUCUGACUGGUCAGGAAUGGCAUCAUCCAAAAAGAAGGCCGGGGACAAAGCAGUUGGUCGGUCGUCUUCAAUGGCGGUAAAAAACCAGAGCUCUGAUUGGAGCAGCUCAGGCUGGGAUGCUGACGAUAGCUGGUCCAACGAAAAGGAAGGUCAGGGUCUUAGCUCUGCGGGUGAGGAGGGCUGGGGUAACGACUGGGCUGAAGAGGACACAGACACAACCUUGACGAGUUCAGCGCUCCCUCUGCCUGAAGGGGUACGGUUAGCCAGCGAUUACAACUGGGACAGCAGCAGCGGAGUAACGGUGGCGGGACAAAAUGAUCUGUUUGCCAGUGUGUCCCAGAGAAGCACAGCUAACACUGCUCCCCCCACGGCUGGAGAUGGUUGGAGUGCAGAAGCAACCGGAGACUGGGGAAAUGAAGAUAGCUGGGAGUCAGUGGAUGGGAACCAAGGUCUCAGUAAAGCCGAGCUGUCGAAGAAGAAACGGGAGGAGAGGAGAAAAGAGCUGGAAGCAAAACGAGCAGAGCGCAAAGCUGCUAAAGGUCCGCUCAAGCUGGGGGCACGCAAGCUGGACUGAUUAAGGACACACAUAAAGACUUCAGUAUGGAAGGGGAGAACUCGGAUCGCAGUGACCUUUGACCCCAGAGUAUUCAACAGAGGCUUGACAUUCCACAAAGAACAAGAAAGAAGUGUUGCCAGUGGACUAAAUACUGUGAAAGUGUUGGUUGAGCAUGAUGCUUUUGGCUUGACAGACAAGUGAAAAAGCAGCUAUCCGGUGCUUUAGGGAUGCGGUGAUGUGGAUGCCAGAGCUGAAACAGAACGGUAGAAAGAAACUCCAGAGAGACAUGAUGAAACAAAGAGCAGCACUCCCUGCACCAGAAGCUCAUAUUGAUAGCAAGAAGUACCUGUCUUUGUUUUGUUUUUAAAUACAAAAGUCAUAAGUCUGCGGUUGUAAAGUAAAUGUAUAUACAUGGUGCAUCUUCUCUUAAAAUCACAUGGAAAGUUACACUUUGGUUUUUUUAAAGAAAAAUUGAGAAUUAUCUAUAAAAACCUAACAAUCAGAUGUGCUAUUAUGCUGAAUGUUAAACAGUCACCAUGAAUGUUUGAGUUCAGCUGUCACAAAUUUAAGAGUUAAGACCAACCCACGCAUGUAAGUGUGUAUUUCUGUGUUCUUACCAUGGUAAAAUCUUUACAACUGUUGAGUUUUACUUUUUGCACAUGCAGCACUGUAUUUUACUGUACUUUACUGGAGUGGCUGGUGACACUUUUUUGACUGAUUUCAGAUCUGUAAAUGUUUUACAUACCCUGCAGACAUGAUGGUAAGUAGUAGUUAAACUGAGGCUGGUGAAAUCAAUGGGUUUACAUGUAUUUUCCUUUAUGUCCUGUGCUGGGAAAUACCAAGGUGAGGGAUUUAUUAAGUAUUGUGAACUCAUAGGAAGGAUCUGAUAUGCAUUCAUACUUAUAUAAUUUUGCAGAUCCCCUGAAGACGUUACUUUUAUCCACCAGAGUUUUUUAACAUCAUAGAGCAUAGCCAGGGUAAGAGAGAUGGUAAGCUGCUUUUACUUUUAACGUGCCUUUGAAAUAAUCACAGAUCCAAGAAGUCACAGUUUUUAGUUAAAAUUUUAAACGUGGACCAGAACUGUGUCCGACACCAAACUCUGUGUUCAUCAAAGCUUUCAUCCAAGUGUAGUCCAUAUCUCCUGUCUGUGUUAGAUGUGUUCCUGUAUGGUUUGGUAUUAAUCGCCAUACAAUGGGCUCUAUUGAUGACUCGGCUGGUAAAGUAAAGAGCCAUCAUCCCUUGAGUUGAUGUGUAGUCACUGGUUGAUGAUGGUGGGUAAGAAACUGAGCUGUGUCUGUGGAAUAAGGGAUGCAACAUUAAACAGAAAAUCCAAAGGAUGUAGCAUGUGAGCUAUUCUAAAAAUAAAGAUGAAAAAAAAGUUG